GCUAAAAUACCGUUUGUCUCACUUCUCUCGCGAUAAGUUCUAUACCUUUAACUUGGCUACGCAUAAAAAACAAAAGUCUGCUGGCUUUGAGGAGCACUUUACUCGUGAGACAUGGGUGAACUACUCACACAGGGGGCAAUUGAAGCCCUGUUAAAAGGAUCACCGAUGAGCAACCCAGUGCUGCAGCUGCUGAACCUCCGUCAGGUCAGUAAUGGCUCUGGUCCACCCAGGUUCCGGCUUAUAAUGAGUGAUGGUCAGCACUAUUUUACUUCUUUCCUGCUGGCCACACAGUUGAACAAUCUGCACGAAGAGAACCUCCUGGUACCUAACUGUGUGUGUAUGUUGAAGAAGACAACCGUCAACACAUUGUCAGAUGGCAGGCGUGUGGUGGUUGUGAUGGACAUGGAGAUACUGCAAUCGGCCGAGGAAACAGGAGGGAAGAUUGGAAAUCCCACUCUAUAUAAUACAGUUGACAUGUCAUCUCCACAGCAGUCGGCCUCAAGUACCUCUGUCCCGGCCUCCCCUCCAUCUGCUGCAGUACCCGGACCCUCCUAUAAGAACAGCAGCACCCUUUCUCCUCCCCGAGGUUUUACGGGAAAGUCACCCAUGAAGGCUUCACCAAUGAAGUUUUCACCCAUGAAGGCUUCACCAAUGGCUUCACCCAUGAAGGCUUCACCAAUGGCUUCACCCAUGAAGGCUUCACCAAUGAAGUUUUCACCCAUGAAGGCUUCACCCAUGAAGGCUUCGCCAACGAAGUUUUCACCCAUGAAGGCUUCGCCAACGAAGUUUUCACCCAUGAAGUUUUCCCCAAAGACGUUUUCACCCAUGAAGGCUACCAGCACUUCUCCUGGUUCUUCAACAAAAGUGAUUCCUAUAGCAAUCCUUAACCCCUACCAAAGCAAGUGGACUGUCAGAGCCCGAGUCACCAACAAGUCCAGUAUCCGCACCUGGAGUAACUCUAAAGGAGAGGGCAAGCUUUUCUCCUUUGAGAUAGUGGAUGAGAGUGGAGAAAUCAAGAUUACAGCCUUUAACAACGAAGUGGACAAGUUUUUCUCUCUAGUGGAGCAAGGCAAGGUGUACUACAUAACCAAGGCUACGCUGAAGGUGGCCAACAAACAGUACAACACACUGAAGAACAACUACGAGAUGACCCUCCAUGCUCAAUCAUCCAUUGUGCCAUGUGAUGACAAUCAGGGCAUCCCUGCAGUGCACUGUGACUUUGUGCCCAUUGCAGAGCUGGAGAACCGAGACAAGGACACCAUCAUUGAUGUGAUUGGAGUGUGUAAGAGUGCUGAGGAUGUAUCACGUAUCACCACUAAGACCAGCAGAGAAGUCUCCAAGAGGGCCCUCAACCUAAUAGACACAACUGGCAAAGUGGUGACUGUCACACUGUGGGGAGAGGAGGCGGAGAAGUUUGAUGGUUCUGGGGAGCCUGUAGUCGCCAUCAAAGGAGCUCGCUUAUCUGAUUUUGGGGGCAUAUCUCUCUCUGCUUUGUUCAGUUCAACAGUCAUGGUCAACCCAGACAUACCGGAGGCCUUUAGUCUCCGGGCCUGGUAUGACCAGAGAGGCUAUGCGCUCGACAGCCAAUCCCUGACAGAGACGAGGUCAGUGGGGAGCAGAGCAAAGAUGAACUGGAAAACACUGAGCGACGUUAAGAAUGAACAGUUGGGACAAGCAGAGAAGACGGACUAUUUCAGCUGCAUGGCGACAGUGCUAUACACUCGUAAGGAGAAUUGUCUAUACCAGGCCUGUCCAUCUGCAGACUGCAACAAGAAGGUCAUCGACCAACAAAACGGACUGUACCGCUGUGAAAAGUGUAACCAAGAGUUCCCUAACUUUAAAUACAGGCUCAUACUUUCUGCCAACUUAGCAGACUUCGGGGAUAACCAGUGGGUGACAUGCUUCCAGGAGACAGCUGAGGUCCUGUUAGGUCAUAGUGCAGAAACACUGGGACAGCUCAGAGACACAGACGAGGCUGCAUUUGAUGAAGUUUUUCAGAAAACCAACUACACAACUCACAUCUUUAGAAACAAAGUCAAGUUGGAGACAUACAACCAGUCAUCAAGAUGAGCUAGUUGCAGGCAGAGGUGGAAGGAGAUGCUUUCCAAACAUUGAAUAGCAUAAAGGCGUACAAGGAGCUUGAUAAAAUCUUCACAAUGAAUACUACAAAUAAAAAAGUGCUUGCUGUUUUUAUGUGAAGCAUCCCCUGGUGUUAAAGCAUAAUGCAUUGAGGUGUGUUGGUUCUUAUUAAUGGGCUACAUCCAUUCGUAAUUCUUUAACAACAAGACUUGUCACCAGUUAUUAUCUUUGGUUAAACUGCAGUCCCAAGCAUGUAAAGCCACAAAACAAGAUGCGCAAAAUGCAAUAUAAUCACAACGCACUCAGUCACACAACAUGAAUCCAAAAUAAUUUCAAUUAGUAUCACAGUGACAAGGGAGUUACGUAGCCAGUGCACUUUGGAUAACAGAAAACAAAUAUAGCUGUGGAUUCAUUUCUCUUAAUUAGGCACUAAUUAGCAUUUAGCUAUUGUCUGUCUGAGCCUAAUUAGCUUAAUUAUUCAGAGGCUAAUUUGCUACGGGGGGCACACGCCGAGAGUCUGAGUGGAAUGAUUGAGAUGUAGGAUGAGCUCUGAAGGGUCUGUGUUCUGACCUCAAAAAACCCCACAAGGAACAUUAACCAAAUUUCAUAAACUGUUCUUCAUAGUCUGGAAAAUAAUGUAAAACCUUCUCUAUGAGGAGUUACACAAAGUCCUUCGGAAAGUAUUGCCAUUCAGUCUUUUUACACACAAAAGGCACAUUUUCUGUAGGUGCUGUCUACUGUCAUAUGGUGAUAUUUGUUGCGAUGAAGAGGAAUCUUCAUUUACAACUGAACAAAACAAAAUGAAAUAUUCUUGACUGUCUGUUUACAGUAAAUGUUAGCAUACCACUGCUACUUACCAUUGAACAAGAAAAAGCCUGACGCCCCACUAGCAGAUGCUGGAGGCUGCGAUUUUCAUUACAGCCCACAAUACAGAAGGUUUGGUCAGAACAAACAACAUACUGCUCAUUUUGAUUUUAUUACAGCCUUACCAGUAGUGGAGCUUGAAAUACAGUUUGUACUCAGGGCUGCAUUACAGGAGUCAUGUGGUACAAGCAUGAAUGUUCUCUGUAAAUCAUCCUCUGAGAACCAUCGAUAUCAAUAACACAUUUUCAUGGCAAUCUGGACAUAAAAUGUGACACAAACAGCAAGAUUGACAGUCAUCACAAUCCAGAAAUAAAAAAAGAGCAAAAAAUGGAAAUAGAAAACAUGUCAACAGCGUUAUAGCAGAUGUUUAA